AUGCUUCGCGGCUCGGUCAUUGCAGAGAAGGUCGACAGGGCGUCGAUCCUCUUCGUGAUGUUUGUUGACUUCGACCAGACGGCACGAAAGAAAGAGCCAGAAGCUCUGUUGGCCUACCUGAACCAUUAUUUCACGAAGUUCGACGACAUCUGCUCUGCUCAUGAGGUCACCAAGAUUGAGACUGUGGGCGAAGAGUGCGCGAUCGCAGACAAGGCCUUGGGGCACGCGGUGAUUCUCGGACGCUUGAUCAAGGCGGCGAAGGAGAUUCUCAUGGUCCAGCGCGACACACACGGCUCCGAUGAGGAGGUGAAGCUGAAGAUGGGGAUUCACACAGGGCCGGUUGCCCACGGCUUAGCUGGGGAGGCUUUCAACGGCAGGCUAGGGCUUUUGAAUAGUGUUUAG